UUUCAGCCCCCUCAAGGAAAAUGGGAUAUAAAUACAAGCAAUAAAUAAAAUAUUUAUUGACCCUUUUGAAAUAUUCAAACUCUGCAAAAAUUAAAGCUCUCCCUGCUCCCUUGGCCACAGGCUGAGGAGAUCCACCCAGGCCUCCUGGUUUCCAGAUGGGUCAUAAAUCUGUCAGGCGCAAGAAAUCAGGAACCGGGAUUAUUCCACAAAGUACAAGUUGAGUCCAUGCUACCUCUAAACGGGAAUCUGAACUACUAACAGUCCAAGCCAAUUGGUGGUAGACAAGAAGUCAACGAAAUUCAAAGUGGGCUGGACUUACAGCUCUUCUGGGCGUGAACUGAUGACAUGCUUGACCCCCACCUCCCUCGGGCUCAACCUGGUCAUCUCCUACAGAAUCGUCGUCAAAUCUUUUUUUCCUUCAUGACAAACUUUUAGGCUUCCAUGAAAAGGUGGAGGCGGUACGGAGUUUGUGGUUUGAAGGUGUCCACAGGAGCAUAUUUGAGCUGGGUCGAUGGUGGGAUGUCGCUGUGUAUUCGUUGAAUCAAUCGCUUGCCCCCCCAUUCAAUGUGCAUUUACACCCAUUUUGGCAGGGGAGCCCAGUGCGCCAAAGCUGGAAGGCCACAUGGGAGACGACGGGAACUCCAUCAAAGUGAACCUCAUCAAGCAAGACGACGGGGGAUCCCCGAUCCGCCACUAUCUCAUUAAAUACAAAGUCAAACAAUCCCCCGAGUGGAAGCCGGAGAUCCGCCUCCCGUCAGGCAGCGACCACGUCAUGCUCAAGUCUCUGGACUGGAACGCCGAGUACGAAGUCACCGUCAUCGCGGAGAACCAACAAGGGAAAUCCAAGCCGGCACGCUACGCUUUCAGGACCUCAGCCCAGCCCACCAUCAUCCCAG